GUGCCGACAACCGUCGCAACCCAUGCAUGGCGGGUUGUCCGCUCCCUCGCCCAUGUCGGUGAGGCGGUCUGCUGUCGAGCCCUCACCUUCGAUGGCAGAUGUGCAAGGAGAGGAUAUGGAUGAGGGGUGGYCUGUCCACAGUGCAACUUCAUCGCCUGCCGGCUUGCAAGGUCAUUCCUUUGGUGGCGGGGAAGAUGAGUUGGUUUGCGACUAUGAAGUUGAAGGUGAUGGCGGUGACAUUGAUGGGCAAAACUUUGACAACGUGCAGGAGGAUAGGGACAGUGCUAGUGCUGGCCAGAGAGAUGGGGGCGAGAAUGUGGUUGGGCCCCGAAGCAGCAAAUUGAUGGCCGAGGAUGACGCCCUUAUGGCCGACGCUGACGGGCAGCAUCGGUUCAAGAGGAGGAAGGAUCGAUAUGAGUGGGUGCAUGAUCGGAUGGCGGAGCAGGGGUAUCCGCACAUGUCGGUGGAGGAUUGUCGUAAGAAGUGGCAGGGCAUGCUGGCGGCAGCGAAGUUGAUUCUCGACAAGUGUGAGAAUGCUUCGGGCAAACCUUCGUACUGGGACAUGACCGUUGAGGAGCGGAAGGCGGAGCAGGUGCCACUAAGUUUUCAGAAAGCUCUGUGGGAAGCGAUGGAGUGGAAACUCAAUCGGCCAUCCAUCAAGUGUGACAAGACGCUGGCGUCCGAGAACCAGCCAGGUAACGCGGGGGGGAAUUCAACGUCUGGCGGUCCAGCACAACCGUCGUCGGGCAGGAGUGUUUCCGACAGUAAAGCAAUGGAGGAUUCGGACCAAGCAGCGAAGACCCGAAGGACGAACACCGGCAAAACUAGGAUGGACGACACGAUCAGCGGUGGGACAGCAUUGGGUAGGGCGAUUGAGGACACGAUACGGUCGUACGGCGAGGGUUUGGAUAAGGCCGCUACCACUCUGGCGAAGGCAACGUCGGAGGCAGGCUCGGUGAUUGCGGCGAAGAUCAGUGACGUGGCAGAUGCCAUGCGUGGGGGGAACACUGUCCUUGAGAUGCUCGUGGGGGUUCUUGUGAGGCACGGGGGUAGGGGAAACAAUGUUGCAUACGAGAGGGCGGAUAUAGACUCCUCGACGCGUUAUAACUCCUCUAUCUAUAUGGCUUGUCGUUUCCCCGUCCCGACAUCCACGCCGGGUGUCCCGUCCCACGCCUGAUGUCGUCGGGGACAUCGUCCACUAUCGAGUCUCCGCCAUCGCCGAAGAG